UAUGAAAUACUAUCGCAUAUUCACAAUCAAAUUUCUAAUCAGAUUCUAGUCUUCAUCACGUUUCCUUUCCCAGAAAGAACCAAGGAACCAUAUUCAUUGAAGAAGAUGUCGGAUUUGACGAAACCAACCGUUCGUAUCGGUUCCCGCAAAAGUCAGCUUGCGCUUGUUCAAAGCAAUCAUGUGCUCGAUCUCCUCACUCAACACUAUGAAGACAAAACAUUUCAUCUUGAAACGAUGACCACCAUCGGAGACGAGGUGCUUGACAGAGCAUUAUCACAAAUUGGCGAAAAGAGUUUGUUCACUCGUGAAUUGGAGGUGGCUCUGGAACAUAAUAAGGUCGAUCUCGUAGUACACUCACUUAAAGACAUGCCGACGACGCUUCCUGAAGGCAUGGUCAUCGGUGCCAUUCUAGAGCGAGAAGAUCCUAGAGACGCAGUCUUAAUGGCUCCCAAGUUUUCCGGGUGUACAUUAGCAACUUUACCAAGUGGCAGCGUCGUAGGAACUAGUUCGUUGCGCCGAGCAGCUCAAUUGAAGCGCCACUUUCCCCACCUUGCAAUCCAAGACGUAAGGGGAAAUUUAAACACAAGACUACGCAAAUUAGACGACGAAGGAACGUAUGCUGCACUCAUUUUAGCGACAGCUGGAGUCAAGCGAAUGAACUGGGAAUCGCGUAUUUCAGAAUAUCUUGAUACGGACGUGAGCAUGUACGCCAUUGGCCAAGGUGCACUCGGGAUCGAGUGCCGCCAAGAUGAUAUUGCUACUCGUCAACUUUUAGCACCAUUCAGCCACGCUAACACGCUACUAGUUUGCGUUGCUGAACGUGCAUUCCUUCGAACACUGGAAGGAGGCUGCUCAGCACCGGUGGCUGUGGAAUCUCGUCUAGUUGGAGAUAUGCUCUACCUUAAGGGUGGUGUAUGGAGUUUGGAUGGGAAACAAAACGUCACCCAGUCAUUGGAAGUGGAGCUAGUUGAUAUCGACGAUGUUCCACCAGCUGCAUCAUACACUGCUGUUGUAAGUUCUAGUGUUGGCAAUUCUCGCUUGGCCCUGGCGGAAUGGUUGGGCGUAUCCUUGGCCGGAAAAAUCGUCUCAUUGGGAGGAGGAGUUAUACUUGACGAAGCGAAAAAAGAGACUGAAAAUCGCAAUUUGGUAGCUGCUAAUGUACGCCCAUCCAAAUAGAUGCGCGGAUUUUUAUCUGCUCUUAGUCAAACGUACAUAGUAAAAGGAAGUAAAAUUGUGGGUAAAGCUUUGAAUACAGAUGUGGUUUGUUAAUUUUCAA